AUGGCGCAACAGUCAUCGCGGCUUAAUCGAUUGCUAACGCUGUUGGACACGGGUUCAACUCAGGCAACAAGGUUUUCAGCAGCAAGGCAGAUAGGAGAGAUUGCCAAAUCUCAUCCUCAGGACCUCAAUGCUCUUUUGAACAAGGUGUCCCAGUAUUUACGGAGUAAAAAGUGGGAGACCAGAGUAGCUGCUGCUCAUGCCGUGGGAGCUAUUGCACAGAAUGUCAAACAUAUAUCUUUGACAGAACUCUCUAGCUCAGUUGAGUCCAAGAUUUCAGAAGCUGGGAUAUCUGCUACAUUUGAAGAUGUCGUGACAUGGCCAAACUUCCAUUCUAAACUUGGAGGAAGCAUUUCUUUUCGAAGUUUUGAUCUAAACAAGGUGUUGGAGUUUGGGGCUUUGGUGGCAUCUGGUGGACAGGAAUAUGAUAUUGCGAAUGAUAACUACAAGAAUGCUAAGGAACGUUUGGCUUGGCAGAAACAAAAUCUUAGGCGUCGAUUGGGUCUAGAUGUGUGUGAGCAGUUCAUGGACGUCAAUGAUAUGAUAAGAGAUGAGGAUCUUAUCAUUCACAAAAUGAAUUACCCGGGGAAUGGAGGGUUACAGUAUUUUUCCUCACAACCUCGUAAUAUCAAGCAGUUUGUAACAAGCGUGGUGCCAACAUCCAGAUCCAGGAGGCCCAGUGCCAGGGAGCUGAAUCUUCUGAAACGCAAGGCAAAAAGUAACCCAAAAGACCAAUCAAAGGGGUGGUCAAAAGACGUGAACACUGAUUCCACCUAUUCACAUGAUAUGGUAUCAUCAAAGGGAAUUUAUGUGGAGUCAACCAGCUCUAAUAAGCAACUUGUAGAUACUGUUUCCGAUGAUGAAAGUUCUGAUAAUGAUAGAGAUGGGAGCUGGCCUUUCCAAGGUUUUGUUGAACAACUCCUCGUUGAUAUGUUUGACCCUGUUUGGGAGGUUCGUCAUGGAAGUAUCAUGUCUCUUAGGGAGAUAUUAACUUAUCAAGGAGCUAGUGCUGGAAUUCUUAUGCCUGAAGUCAGCAAUCGUGGUGCGACUGUUUCUAAUUUGAUUAAUAAAGAUAAUGAGUCUGAAGUAAAAAAAGAGAGGGAAAUUGAUUUGAAUAUGCUAGUGUCACUGGACGAAUCAGGGCCAGUUUCAAAGAGACCAAAGAUGGAAGAUGCACCGCAUGGAGAUACAGAUGUUUAUACGAAAGGUAGUGAUGGACAACCAGUUCCUACUAUACAUAAUGGUAAAAUCGAUUUUAGAUUUGUGAAGAUGGAAUCUCAAUCUGGCAUUGAGGGUGCCUGCCACUCCGUUAGUGAUGAUUCAGUAAAAACAGAAUGCUUCGAAGGCAAUGAAUUAUCAGGGAAGAUGAAUAUAUUGAAGAAUCUUCCCCAAAACUCUGAACUCAUGAACCUUCUCAAAUAUGCCAGCACUUCAUGGCUAAGAAACUUUGAAUUUCUGCAAGAUUGUGCUAUUCGCUUCUUGUGCGUCUUGUCUUUAGACCGAUUUGGAGACUAUGUUUCUGAUCAAGUUGUUGCACCAGUACGGGAAACUUGUGCACAAGCAUUAGGUGCUGUAUUCAAGUACAUGCAUCCAUCAUUGGUUCAAGAGACAUUGAACAUUUUAUUGAAGAUGCAGCGUAGACCAGAAUGGGAGAUCCGCCAUGGGAGUCUUUUGGGUAUAAAGUAUUUAGUUGCCGUGCGGCAGGAGAUGCUACAUAAUUUGCUGGACUUCGUUCUUCCUGCUUGCAAAGCUGGACUUGAAGAUCCUGAUGAUGAUGUGAGAGCAGUUGCAGCCGAGGCAUUGAUACCGACUUCUUCUUCUAUUGUUUCGCUAAAAGGUUCAACUUUACAUUCAAUUGUUAUGCUGCUCUGGGAUAUUUUGCUUGACCUGGAUGAUUUGAGUCCCUCGACCAGCAGUGUAAUGAAUCUAUUAGCAGAAAUUUAUUCCCAGGAGCAGAUGAUUCCAAAGACUCUUGGAACUUUGGAUUCCAAAGAAAGUGUGGUUCUCAACCAUGGGUAUAGUCAAUCAGAUGAUCUAGGGGAAGGAAUGAGUUCUCUGGAGAAUCCUUAUAUGCUCUCAACAUUGGCACCAAGGUUAUGGCCAUUUAUGAGACACAGCAUUACUUCAGUCCGCUUAUCAGCAAUCCGCACAUUGGAACGUUUACUUGAAGCUGGUUAUCGGAGGAGUGUCUCUGAUGUGUCAAGCUCACUUUGGCCUUCUUUUAUAGUUGGUGACACCCUGAGGAUUGUUUUUCAGAAUCUGCUACUUGAAUCAAAUGAGGAGAUUCUGCAGUGCUCAGAGCGCGUUUGGAAUCUCUUACUCAAGUGCCUGGUGGAGGACCUACAAAAUGCUGCAAAGUUAUAUUUCUCCUCAUGGAUUGAGCUUGCUACUACUCCUUACGGGUCUCCUUUGGAUGCUACAAAAAUGUUUUGGCCUGUAGCUCUGCCUCGUAAAAGUCAUUUUAAAGCUGCAGCUAAAAUGAAAGCUUUUGGUGAGCAUCAGAAAAGUAACAUCUUGGAUUUUGGAGGGAGCAUGUCAGGAGAGCAUGGAGAUGCUUCCGCGAAUUCGACAAAGAUAAUUGUUGGCGCGGAUUUGGACGUCUCAGUAACUUAUACAAGGGUAAUAACAUCAUCUGCCCUUGGUGUAUUGACAUCAAAGUUGAAUGGUUCAUCCUUGCAAUGUGUAAUCGAUCCAUUGUGGAAGGGCUUGACAUCCUUAUCAGGAGUUCAGCGGCAGGUGGUUUCAAUGGUUCUUAUAUCUUGGUUUAAAGAAUUGAAAGACAUUUCCAAGUCUGAUGAAAUUAUUGCCGGCAUUUCGUGUAACUUCAGACUGUGUUUGUUAGAUUUGCUAGCUUGCAGUAACCCUGCACGUCCAACAAAAGACUCACUUUUACCUUAUGCUGAACUCUCAAGAACAUAUAACAAGAUGCAAAAUGAGGCGGGCCAGCUGUAUAGUGCUACACAGGCAUCUGGGCUGUACAGCGAUCUCGUUUCAUCUGUUAAAGUGGACAUAGAGAAUAUGACCGCAGAUGAUGCUGUGAGUUUUGCAUCACUGUUUGAAUUUAUGGGUUACUGUACCUCCAUGCCGGAGUCCGAAGGAAGGAUUUUGUGUGAAGAAUUAGAGUCUUUAAAGCAAAAGCUUUUGACAACAGCUGGAUAUCUGAAAUGUGUUCAGAACAAUUUGCAUCUCACUGUCUUGGCUUUGCUAGCUGCAGCCGUUGUUUGGAUGUCAGAGCUUCCCACCAAACUCAAUCCAAUUAUUCUGCCUAUAAUGUCAUCCAUUAAGAGAGAGCAGGAGGAAAUUCUGCAAUGUAAGGCUGCUGAAUCGUUGGCAGAGCUCAUCCAUCAUUGUGUCGAUCGCAAACCAGGUCCCAAUGACAAGCUAAUUAAGAACCUAUGUAAUCUAACCUGCAUGGAUCCUCGUGAGACUCCGCAGGCAGGAGCGCUAAAUUCUGUUGAGAUCAUUGAAGACCAAGACCUUCUGUCGUUUGGAAGUAGUAGCGGUAGACAAAAAUCGAAAGUUAAUAUGUUCUCUGCUGGUGAAGACCGCUCGAAGGUUGAAGGCUUCAUUAGCAGACGUGGCUCUGAACUUGCAUUGAAAUAUUUAUGCAUGAAAUUUGGCAGUUCUUUGUUUGACCGACUCCCAAAGAUCUGGCAUUGUCUUGUUGAGGUCCUUAAGCCCUGUGAUCUUGAAGGCCUAACACCAGAAGAUGAGAAGCUGAUUGAUCAAUCUAUUGGUUCCAUUAAGGACCCUCAGAUUCUAAUUAACAAUAUCCAAGUCGUGCGGUCUAUUGCUCCUUUCCUUGAGGUCUCACUGAGGCCGAAGCUGCUCACACUCUUACCAUGCAUCUUCAGAUGUGUAAGGCAUUCUCAUAUUGCAGUAAGAUUAUCCGCCUCGAGGUGCAUAACGGCAAUGGCCAAGUCGAUGACUUUGGAUGUUAUGGGUUCUCUUAUCGAGAAUGUUGUUCCUAUGUUAGGUGAUAUUGGAUCUGUGCAUGCCAGACAAGGAGCUGGGAUGCUUGUGAGUUUGCUUGUACAGGGACUGGGUUUGGAACUUGUCCCAUAUGCUCCUCUUUUGGUUGUGCCUCUUUUGAGGUGCAUGAGUGACUGUGACCAUUCAGUCAGACAGAGUGUGACACAUAGUUUUGCUGCCCUGGUGCCCCUUCUUCCAUUAGCACGUGGGGUCUCUCUACCUAUUGGUCUUAGUGACCGUUUGUCACAAAAUCAAGAAGAUGCCCUAUUUCUUGAGCAGCUAGUUGACAAUUCUCACAUUGAUGAUUACAAACUCCCCUUUGAGCUAAAAGUGACUCUGAGGAGGUAUCAGCAGGAGGGUGUAAACUGGCUUGCAUUUCUGAAACGGUUUAACCUUCAUGGAAUCUUAUGUGAUGAUAUGGGCCUCGGUAAAACACUUCAGUCAUCGGCGAUUGUGGCAUCUGAUGUAGCUGAGCACAUUGCCGCCAAUAAGGGUGAUGAUCUGCUGCCAUCACUAAUUAUAUGUCCAUCGACCCUUGUCGGGCACUGGGUUUACGAGAUUGAAAAGUUUAUCGAUCCUUCUCUUUUAUCGACACUUCAAUACAUUGGUUCCGCCCAAGAGCGCAGUUCCCUACGACAGCAAUUUAACAAGCACAAUGCCAUUGUAACUUCGUACGACAUUGUCCGGAAAGAUGUUGAUUUUCUCGGAGAGUUUAUGUGGAAUUACUUAAUUCUGGAUGAAGGACAUAUCAUUAAGAAUUCAAAGUCCAAAGUCACGGUUGCUGUGAAACAACUUAAAGCCAAGCACCGUCUCAUAUUGAGUGGCACACCAAUCCAGAAUAAUGUGUUGGAUCUCUGGUCACUUUUUGACUUCCUCAUGCCGGGCUUUCUUGGAACAGAAAGACAAUUUCAAGCCACAUAUGGAAAACCUCUAAUAGCAGCUAGGGAUCCUAAAUGUUCUGCAAAAGAUGCAGAAGCAGGGGUACUAGCCAUGGAGGCAUUGCAUAAGCAGGUUAUGCCUUUCCUUUUACGCCGUACAAAGGAUGAAGUUCUGUCUGAUCUGCCUGAGAAGAUUAUUCAGGAUAGAUAUUGUGACUUGAGUUCUUUACAGCUGAAAUUGUAUGAACAGUUCUCGGGUUCACACGUAAGACAAGAGAUCUCAAGUAUAGUUAAGCUAAAUGAAGAUACAGGAGGAGCGCCCAAAGCAUCUUCUCAUGUUUUCCAGGCGCUUCAAUAUUUGUUGAAACUGUGUAGUCAUCCGUUACUUGUUCUUAGUGAAAGUACACCAGACUCACUCGUACCAAUGAUGUCAGAACUUGGAUUCCUGAAUUCUGACAUCUCUGCGGAGCUUCAUAAAAUUCAUCAUUCUCCUAAACUUGUCGCUCUUCAGGAGAUAAUGGAAGAGUGUGGAAUAGGAGUGGAUGCUUCUAGUUCUGAAGGACCUAUUUCUAUUGGGCAGCACAGGCUUCUAAUAUUUGCGCAACACAAGGCAUUUUUAGACAUUAUUGAGAAAGACUUGUUUCACACUCAUAUGAAAACUGUUACAUAUUUGCGGUUGGACGGAUCUGUUGAACCUGAAAAACGCUUUGAAAUUGUCAAAGCAUUCAACUCAGACCCCACAAUUGAUGCUCUACUGCUCACAACUCACGUUGGUGGGCUCGGUUUAAACCUGACGUCAGCUGAUACUCUUGUUUUUAUGGAGCAUGAUUGGAAUCCGAUGAGAGAUCAUCAGGCCAUGGACAGAGCACACAGGUUAGGCCAGCGCAAGGUUGUGAAUGUCCAUCGGCUUAUCAUGCGAGGCACCUUGGAAGAGAAAGUUAUGAGCCUCCAGAAGUUCAAAGUUUCUGUAGCAAAUGCAGUCAUUAAUUCAGAUAAUGCAAGCAUGAACACGAUGAAUACAGAUCAGUUACUUGACCUGUUUACUUCUGCAGAUGGCAAAAGGGGUGUCAAAUAUUUAACGACAUCUGGCGAGGAUGCAAAAGCAUCAGGAAGAGGAAAAGGCCUGAAAGCCAUACUCGGCGGGCUGGAAGAGCUCUGGGACCAAUCGCAAUACACCGAAGAAUACAAUCUUAACCAAUUUUUAGCCAAGCUUAAUGGCUAA